CUAGCUAAUGUUUAUUUUUGACCAUUGGUGGCAUACCCUCAAGCCACCUGGUCUGAGUUAUCAGGAGUUCAAAGCCAGCCUGGUCUUUCUUUCCUUCCCUUUAUGUGGGUUCCUGGGAUCAGACAUCCACCAUCAGACUUUGAUGAACAGUUUUACUCACUGAGCCUUCUAGACUACCUGUGUUUCAUUUUUAUUUUAUUCGAGACGAGCUUCAUCUAGCCUUGAAUUAAGGAUUCCCCUGUCCCUGAAAGCUGGAAUUGCAAAUGGGCUUCAUGGCACCGGUUUCUGUGUAGACAUGAGGAAGUUUGGAAAGGAAUGUGCUAGAACUAACCAGGGCUGGUGACAUGAGAGGAAAUGCCACUUGAUGUGGAUUGAUGUAAAAAGCAGGAGAGCAGUCAUUUCUGUUAGCUACAGGGUAUGGGAGUUACGAGUCUGCUGCUCUAAGAAGAAUCACACUUGGAGACUGUGAACUAGAUCUUUAUACCUCUAUACAGUGAUCUACAGGGCUUCCACGGAAGUGAGUGCAGGACCUCCCUCCAGUGCCCACAGCUGUGGGUGCAGGAGGCUCUUAUAUAAAAUGACAGAGUGAAGCUGGCAUGAAGCCAGUGCUUCUAAUCCCAGGAAAUAGGAAUCACAGGUGGGAAGAUGGGGAAUUCAAAGUCAGUUAGGCGACAUAAAUGAAAGAUUUCCAUCACAUUUUGACAACCUUCUCAAGCAUUAAUAUGACCUGUAGUAACAAAAGCAACACAAUGACAGGGAAACCCCAGCAGGCCUCCCAGUACAGUGUAUGACCAGAGCAGGGACCUUUAAGGCCUUGAAGUCUUUUUUUUUCUUUGAGCCUUUGUGCUUUGGAGGAUGCUCUCCACACUGGCCUGGGCCUCGGGCAAGAUUGCUGCUUGCCCUGAGCACAGAGAUUCUAAGGCAUAAACCUCCAUGAAGCCUAGCUUUCUCCAAAUGUUUUAUAUCUGAAGUUGGUUAGAUCUAUGAACUCAGAACCCAUGGGUACAGAGGGUAACUACACAUGUAUCAAAGAAACAAAAGAAUUCCUAUGGGUAGGCUUUCUUAAUAGGGACCAGGGGUCUGGGCUCAGGUGUUAAAUAUUUAGAAUAAACUGAAUUCUUCCCAAUGUAAUGAAGUUAUUUCUUGGUGGUUUAUUGAUUUUUUUUUAACACAGUAACUGAAAGGGGUGCUGGUGCCCAGUGAUCCUACAACAAAGCAUUCCUGAUGACUUACUAUAAACCAUGUUAAAGGGUGGCCACACUGGGCUUGGGGGCUCAAACAUGUGAUUCUAGACACUCAGAAGGCUGGGAUUGUGAUGGGGACAAGGGGACCUGGAGGGGCACUUUCAUAUUCUGUGGUAAAAAGACAUGGAAUCUGGUGCUGUGGCCGAAUGGUUAAAGAACUUCAGAUGACCUGGUUGGGUGCCCCACAUGGCAGCUCAACACUGCCUUGAACUCCAGCAAGCAUGAGGCAGACACGUGACACAUAUGCACAUACAUAAGGAAUCUGAACACCUACCUGCGGUGGCUCAUGCCUUCAACCCAAGAACUGGGAGGCUGAUGAAGGAAGACUGAGGCCAAAGUCAAUAAAGUAUCAAUAAAGAAAAUUGUUCCUGGUUAGCUUCUGGUCAGAGAUAUUUCAGAGUACAGCUCUGAAACAUAGGGACUCUUUUAGAAGAUGAUAAUGGGCCAGUGAGAUCUUAGCAGGAGAAAACACUGGCCAUGCCAGUCUAAGCCAGAGGACAUGAGUUUGAUCUCAGGACUCCAGGAGAAGGUACAAGGAGAGAACCAAUUUCAAAAACAUUGUCCCCUGACACGCAUCCCCAUACAUGUGCCAUGAUGCCUGUGCCUGCAACAGAGCAGAGGACGGUGUGAAAUAGUGGAGUGAGAUCGACAGCCCCAGUCUCCCUGACUACUCAUUGCACUGGAUGCACCUGUAGAUUCCUGUCACAAAGUAAUUACUGUCCCCCAGAGACUUUACCACAGUCACAGCACAGAGAGCUCUCUGACACUAGGGAAAUGGCUAAACUCCAAAUGCACCCUGGGAAAUUUUCAGACCUCUGUGGAAUGCUAAUGCUUCCUGCACCUGCCAGCUGCCACUCAGCCUCUCUGGGAGAGAGAUAGCUCUACUUGUCCCUACCUGGUACAUUCUCCUUCCUUCAUAAGGUCUAUUUGGGGCAGUGAUCUGUGUCCUGACUGUGUCUCCAUUGAACCUAAAUGAAGCUAAGUACAUUCGCCACGUUGACGCAUCCCGUGACAAUAAGAAUUCUGAGGAGAAGUAAGGAGUUAAAUGAGUUAGUCAGGCAACCCAGGUGUCCUUGUAGAAGAUCCAGUGUGGAGGGUCCCAGGGGACUUUAGAAUUGAGGAAUGAGGCCAAGGGCAGGUGCCUAACAGCUAAGGAGCUGUGCUAGAGAAGAGAAGCCAGUCCUGCUCAAGGGAGCAGCUGCCUUCUUUAGUUCCAUGAAUUGGACCCAAAACUUGAUUUUGUUUCUGGAAUCACGAGGCAGGAGAGGUUUCCUACAGGAGCAAGCAGGCACUCAUAGUACACAGUAGCAAACAGUCUGUUAGGAACUAGCCUAGCUAGGAGAAAACGUUCAGCUGAUGCCACCUAGGUUUUCAGAAGAAACACCUGACCUAGGUAGGCCCAGCAGGUAGGCCCUCUAAGUGUCCACAUUUACAACUGAAAGAAACCAGGAAAACUGAAGAACAGAGAUGGAGACAGAAGCCAGGGGUGGCAGCUCAAGGGUUUAAUUCCAGCUCCUACAAAAGUGGAGGCAGAAGAAUCCAGAUUUCAGUGGUAUAUCUCUGCAUGAAAUUCAAUAAAUUAACUCAAUUACAUUGGCUUGAGCAUGCAACCCAGUAGGAAAAUGCUGGCUGAUCUGCAGGGAGCCCUGGGCUACUGGUGAGUGCUCCAGGUUUAAGUACAGACCAAAUUAGGGUGGGCACAGGCGAUCCUUAUUAAUUGGCCCUGGUCAAAGUUUCUCUUAUUGGUCAAGCUCAGCCUGGGUUGUGUGAAGUGGUCUCAGGCCCUCCUCACUGUCACUGUGCAGAGGAUCAAAUUUGGCUCUUGGAAGGUGAUUCCUCAAACUCCAGGGUGCAGCCUUAUCCUGGAAGGUAAUUACCUCAUCUGCUGAGUGUAGGGGAGGGGCUUCUGUCCUGAGAGGUUUUGUUGUUCCUGGGAUCCAAGCUCACUACAAGUUUAGGACAAAGAUUUAUAUGUGUGCUCUGAGCCUCCUCAUACUGCAACAAGCAGAUGCAAAAUGAAGACAGAAGGCAGCUGCCUUUGUUCAUUUGCCUAUCUGUGCUCUCAGGGAGGAUUCAGGCCCCUCCACAAAAGCAGCUCCCAAUUCCUGGUUUUACUAUGAACAUUUGUAUUUGUUUGUUUUGAGAGAGGGUCCCAAGAUGGCCCAAGCCUUGAACUCACAGAGAUCCUCCUGUGUCUGCCUCCCGCGGGCUGGGUUUAAAUGUGUGGGCCACCGUGCCUGGCUUUAGCUACAGUUUGGAUAGUUUAGCAAGUAAUGGAUCUAAACACAAAGAGGUUUUAUUUUUAUUUAUUUAUCUGUUUUUUGGAGGCAGAGGCAAACCUGGUCUGCAUUAUAAGAUUCAAUCAAGAAAGCAAGGAUGAGUGAGAACCUGUCUGUUAGAAAAAAAAUAAACAAUAAAACAAAGAGAACGCUGAAAAUUUUUGUAGGCUUGCUUGUUCAGUUUCAUAAAUUUUUAAUAACACUUAUUUACCAAGCAUGUUUUAGUGUGCCCUUGUACCAGGGUGUGUGUUGGUCACAGGACAAAAUGUGGUCCCUGGGUCCAAAUUCAGGUCAUCAGACUUGGCAGCAAGCACCUUUUCCCUUGAGCAGUUUGUGUUUUGAGCCUCAGAUUCCUCUGUAUUUCAGGAGAGGACUUUGAACAGGGUGAAUUUGUCUCCACCAUUACCUAACAUUCAAGGUGUGUCUCAUCACCCUGCAGGGGUUACUUUUAUUUCAUUUGUUUGCAUACUAAGGUUAUCUGUGUUCUGGGUUUUUAAUUCCUAAGGUCUUCUGUGGUACAUUUAAUUAUAAAAAUAAAAACCAAAUGUGGUAUGAUUUCUUUUAAGAAGGCAGAGAGAGGUGAAAGUUUAGAGCAAGACUGUCCUUAUUUACCUGAUUCCAAGAGUUUGGCUGGUGGUUGGGAUGUAGCUGCUUCCUAGCUGUCACGUAAAACAACAGUCCUACCCUGUGCUACUUGGCUGUAAUCCCUGCAUUUGGGAGGCUGAAACAAACAGCAUUGCUUCCAUUUCAAGGCAAGCCCAGGCUGAAUGUACCACGGGGAAUCCCAGGAUAUUCUGCUAUCGUAUGAGACUGUGAACACAAGCCUUGAUGUCCAGCACCCGGAGGCAGAGGUUGGUGAAUCUCUGUGAAUUGAGGUCAGCAUGACUUACAUGGUGAAUUCGAGUUCAGAUGAGCUACUAGUGAAAACUUCUCACACACAAAAACAGAAAACAAACUAUAUCUAAACAAUAACAACAAAGCAAAGCAAUGAAAAUCAUGGCCUAGGGACAUAGCUCAGUGUGUACAGCACCUGCUUAGCCUGCUUGAGGCCCUGAGUGUGAUUUCCAUCAGGACUCCUGUGGUCUCAGCCCUAUCAUGUCAGCACUUGGGAAGCAGAGAGGAUCAUGGGUUACAGGAUAUUUCAUCAAGGCUGUGCCUCCUCUUUUUAUUGUCAGUCUACACCCAGGGCUCUGCCCUUGUCACAGUUUGCAGGGGACAGGUGAACAUGUGUGCUGUGUGGCCAUGUGGGCAGAGGAGGCAGGGCUCAACUCAGUGUUCCAGGCUUGGGAAUGACUGAGAUGUCAUCAGUCAGAGUUUAAAGGGAGCCAGAUACUGAGUGGGACCUGGGACCAUCUGAACUAACCUAGUAUUAUUUUAUUCUUUUAAAGUAAUUUCUUAUUACUGAAAGCAACUGUGAGCUGCAAGAGUUCAGAAGAGCAGCUGUCCUCUUGAGCUGUCACGGGCUGCAAGUCCAUGCCAAGGACCUUGUUGGAAACUGGAAUUAGAGGCUAAAACCACAAAGGACUCAAGGCUUCCACCACUGUAGGGUAACCCAGGAGACAACAGUGGGGCAACAGCGGUUUCAAGGAGGGAACUGCAGGACAAUUGAGUCAGCUUGUCCUGCAGGGCACCCCAGAGCCCUGCAAGUGUCAGAAGAAAGCCCACCCAGGUCCAGACCUUUAUACCCAGCCUGAUGUCACAGGCAUCGAACUUGACCAAACUCCAGGCAGAGACCAAAUGUAACAUCUGUCUGGAUGACCUGCAAGAACCAGUCACCACAGAAUGUGGACACAACUUCUGUGAUACCUGCCUCACAUCCUUCUAUGAGCAAGGGCAAGAAUGGUUCCCCUGCCCGGUCUGUCGACACCAAUGCAAUGUGAGGAAUCUCUCAAACAAUGAUCAGCUUGGGAUAAUAGUUGAAAUGGCCCAGGACCUGUAUAGCUUGACAAGCAAGAGCAACAGUCAGGAGACCAGCACUAGCUGUGAGCAACACAACCAGGUCCUGACCUUGUUCUGUGAGUAUGACCUGCAGCUGCUGUGUGACCAGUGCAUCAGGCCUGGGAGCCACAAUGGCCAUCAGGUGACCCCCAUUGCACAGGCUGCCUCUCAUCACAGGAGAAAGCUUCACAGAUUGACCAAAUCCCUCCAGAAGAAACUAAAAGAGGUUCACAAGUUAAAAACUCUUCAAAUAAAAAAAUCCCAGAAGUUAAGGCAACAGGUAGAAGCCCAGAGGAAAGAACUGACAUCUGAAUUUCAGCAACUCAGCCAGUUUUUAAAUAGGGAACAGAAGACAGCUUUCUCCAGGCUAAAGGACGAGGAGCAGGAUCUCAAGCAGAAACUGAGCGAAAACAUAGCAGCAUUUGAGAACCAUGUUUCCACAGUCAGAGGGCUCUUUAGCCACGUGGUGGCAGGCAGAGCACACUCAGAUGUAGAAACACUGUCGAGAGUCAAGGAUUUCUGCCAGAAAUCUGAGAGUCUUCAUCUCCCAGGCAUUGUCCCAGCUCAGAUAAGAAGAGAAGCCUACAACUUUCCUCCUCAGCAUUCAGCUCUACAGAAACUUAUACAGCGAUUUACAGUUCAGGUAACUCUAGACCCAGAAACAGCCCAUCCAAACCUGCUUGUGUCUGAGGACAGAAAACGUGUCACAUUGUUAAAGAAAAAACAACGUCUUCCACGUUCUUCAAAAAGGUUUAUCAGGAGUCGUGUUGUGUUGGGGAUUCCGAAUUUUAAUUCAGGGAGACAUUACUGGGAGGUGAAGGUGGGAGAGAAGUCUGAAUGGGCUAUUGGUAUCUGCAAAGCCAAUUUGGCCCCUGGGGAAAAGC